CCUCGCAUGCGCUGCAGACCAAAGUGAAAUCGUUGACUCAGAGAAGAACAAGAGGCAGAGAGAGGGAGAAGGACAGAGAGAAGUUGGACACAGGUGAGAUGCGCACAAGUGGCUCACCUGGGCAAAAUUCAUCUGAAGUACUCCUGAGGCAGAGGCAGAGAGCCAAAGGCCAGUUGUUUGUGCCGUCAACCUCCUGGCGAUCAGGUGCUGCAAGGAACUUGAGCAGCAGCGAUGAAGAUGAGGAGGUAGAGGUUCAGGUUCGAUUGGAGAUCCACAGUCCUCCUGUGGAUCUACAAACGGAGCAGGGGACAGAGGAAAGCGAUGAGAAGAAGUCAGAAGAAAAUGAGGGCCAGGUCAGCUCUUGUGGGCUCAAGGAGGGCACCAGUCUGGAAAGUCUUCUCUCAGAUAACUCAAGUAGUAGCAAGGAUGAGCCGUCACUUCCUCCUCUGCCUGCCGUCUCCUCCUCUAUUUCUACUACAUCUGCUUCCACCUCAUCCUCUUCUUCAACGAGACACUGGGCACCUCCAAAGGGCUUCUGGAGAGUAGCAAGGCCAGAAACAUUGCUUCUCAAUGGGGUUGACCCUCACGACAUACCCCCAACAUUACCCUUAAAGGACUACACCCAGACGGAGGAAGUGGAACCGGAACCUCAGUGCAAGUCCAAACCUUCUGAAGCAGUCGGCAGCAAUGAGGCACAAAGUGUGGCUGAAGCCACCGAAGCGGCAUCGGUGUUCAAACAUUCAGAUAGUGUGGAAUUUUAUCUGGACAGACGUGAACAAAGUGAAGCAGAUGUGGUGGAUUCAGCCAAAGGGCUGUGCCUUUCUGACAGCUGGGAAAGCAUGUCUUCUCAAAAUGGAGUGCUGCGUGCCGAUCUGAAGCUUAGGGUGAAGGAGAGGGCCUACGCAAAGCUGAGGGAAAGACAACAAAACUGCAGAGAGGCGCGUGAUCGCCGCGGAGGAGAAAGCAUCGAUUACUAUGGGGACAUAACAUACAGAGUAGAUUAUAAAGGGGACCACGAUGUUCUGGAAAACACAGAUGCCACACUUCUCGCUCAAGAGCUUGAACCAUAUUUGAGGUCACUUCUUGUAAUAAGUGAUGAGCUACCUUUAAGCCCAAGGCAUGAGCAAGCCAAGCGUCUUCUAGAGCGAGCCAGGCUCAAGGCUCGCUCCAACCUCCUCAAAGAUGACCGCCCCCGACGGUCUCAGUCUGAUCAAAGAUCCACAGUGAAAAAUCAGCAAGUUGAGCCUGCCAAUCACACAACAGUGCAGAAAACUGUUCAAACCAAAGAAGAUCCUCCAUCCCAAGCCUCAUCUGGUCCUCUUCUGGUUCCCACACAAAGGGACUCUUCUCCGGUGAAACAAGCAGAUCGACCAAGACGGUAUGGCUGUUCCCCCACACGUGUGCGCUUUGAAGAUGAAUCCGAGAAAGAAGCUGAGUCCCGCUAUCUAGACAGAGUGAGACAGCGUGGCAGACCUGGAAUGCCCAAGUCCAGGGCGAAGGAAAGUAAUACAGACUCCAGCAGUAGUGGCUCAGAGAAGAGCAGAGGCCACAGGAGCAUCUCUUUGCCACCUUCACAGAAGCAAGAAGAUCUUGUGACAAAUGAUGAAACAACUGUUAUUAAAGAGAUCAUAGUGCUGGUGAAGAAAUGUGAAGCGUGUGGCUCUGUAGUCAGGGAACCUCAGCCGGUCUCCUCACCUUCUGAACUUCAGAACAGUGAGCCACAGCAGACAGCUUCCCCAGAGGACCCGCGUGGAAAAUCGACUCCUGUGUGGGUGCCAUCAAACAAACCAGAUGCGAGCACCCGCCCUAAAGCUCCUCUUACUGUCACGUUUGCUGGAGCUUAUGUGCUAGGAGAAAAUAAAGAAAGCAGCACAGUGUGGAAAUCUUCUGGCUUUGGGAAACUGCGAAGACGGAGCAGAAAGGGGGAAAAUCGUUUGGAGUCUGGUCACGGUCCUUAUGGCCCAUCUUGGGCUCAGCGACGGAACUCCAAUCCACGGAACAGGGUCAACUUGAGCAGAGCAGUUUCAUUUGCUCCUGGCAGCCCUGUUGCCUUAGAGCCACAUUUACUGGAGGCAUCUGGUGGACUUAGAGAAGCAUCCGCCCCAUCAUUGCCCAUAAAGUCAGCCCUGAAGUCAAGCUCGAGAAAUCGCUCAUCUGCAGGUCAGUCCACGGUUCAGUUCCAGGUGUCCCCUGUUCAGGGAGGAGAAAGUUGUUCUCAAUCCCUGGAUUCCCCUGAAGCAAGAAGGGAAUCUCCUGUGUCUACAAACCAAGGGUCACCAACAGCAAGCAGCCCAGUACCCUGCAUUAGGCCCUCCACUCUUAGAUACUCCCUGGCCAGAAUCCCCACGGAUCUGCCAUCGGCUGAAAUCUGGGAUGCCACAUCAGAUGGAGCAGCAGGCGUAAGUGGAGAGACAGGUCCUGGUUCAGACUUUCGAGCUCUGCGAUGCAUGGGUAUGUCUCGGGCUGAGGACCUCAGAGCUGAGCUGCUGAGAUCUGAACAUCUAAAAGCCGAGGCUUUGUGGGAGGAAAGCUCCGACGGCUCCAGAAAAUUUGAUGGGAGGCCAAAACUUUUCCUGCGUCGUUUCUUUUCCUCCAUCGGGCUGAAUAGCGUUGGCAGACUGGUGAAGGGGAGUCGCUCCAGCAGCAUGGAACAGCUCAGUCUCCCCACCGUCCAACGGGCAAGCUCAGCCUCACCGAGCCCCACGCGGAGACCUCAGCCUACCAUUCGAAUACAGAGGACACCCUCACUGCAGACCCUGCACACAGUGCUCCCACUGGCUCAGCUACGUAAAGCCUCCUCUGUUCAGAGUUUAGAGAGAAGAACAGAACGCUCAACAAUACUGGGAGAAGUCCAAAUACCAUAUGGCUUGGCACCCAGCCCUGAAAGCCCCCAGAUUGAGAUUCACAGAGGCCUAAGUGAUGAAGAUGUAGUUGUCGCCAGAAUGGCUCAUCCUAUGGGCCGGGUCACACAGGCUUUCCCUGAUGGGACUAUCUUGUUGGAGCUCAUCAAACCUCCAAGUGGCCCCUUUGGUUUUGUUAUUUCAAGAGGAAAAGGUCGACCAGAUACAGGUGUAUACGUCGAGAAGGUCGGUGAUGGCGGGGUGGAGGGCCUGCUGGGUGUUGGUGAUGAAAUCCUACAGGUUAACGGGGAGGCGGUGGCGGGACUCAGUUUGGACCAGGUGACACGCCUCAUGACUCGGGAAAGCACCGCCACCCUCCGGAUCUUGCCUGCCCGACGCAAUCAACGCUGAACGGCACAGGAUAGACAUAGCACACAGCCAUUUCCCUCUGGACGCACAGUUAGCCACUAACCAUGCACUGCAAACUGACUGGAGCACAAUGUGCACAUGACACAAUGCAUUUUGAUGUAACUCGAGAUGAAUAGCACAACAUAGAGUUAAGUUCUUUUAGAGCAAACAAAUCCAGCUCCACAAAUGUCACAGAGAACUUAAAAAUAUGGAUGUUACUGUGUAUUGCUAAAGGUAGGCUCUUCUACCCAACACCUUUUGUUGAUUUACAUAAGUAAAUUCAGUUUUAUUUAUUUAUUUAUGUUAUUUUAGCACCGAAUUCCACUAAAUAUCAUAUCAAGAUGCUUUACAAGAAAAGUACUUUACGUUAUGUAGAGAAAUGCUUGAUGAAAUCAAUUCAAUAACAUGGGCAGAUUUAAAUUUAACUGUAUACUUUCCAGUUUGAUCCUGUUUAUAAUACAAUGCAGUCAAAUGGAUUGCAUAAGGCCUGCUGGACGAUAUUUUUCCAUUUUUGGAAACCAAGGUGAAUGCAUGGAGCCAUUAACUUUGCAGCAACGAUCCCUCCAGAGAAAACGUGUAAAGACUCAACAUCAUAAAAUCCAAGUGAAUUGAAAUUCGGCGACAUUAAUUUAACAAAUAGACGCAUUCUUGUUCAACUGUUUUUACAGCCCUUGAAUGGAAAAAAAACAUCACAACCAGAAACUACAAUGUAAUGUAUUGGGAUUACAUGUGAUAGAAAACGGGGAACAGGAAGGAAAAUAAUGGAUGGUUUUGAUCUUUCUUUUUUAUCACAAAACAUCUUAAAAGUGUGGUGUGCAAUUGUUUUCAGUUUUCUUAAUGUUCAUAGUUUGAAUCCCAUGUUGAUUUUUGAAAGUUAACAGAAGCUCAGAUGAAGAGUUUACACUUGCAAAAUUCUUUUAAAUUCUUGCCACAGUUUAAUUUAGCCCUGAACAUUACUGGGCCAUUUUAAAACACUUAUUGCUUUUAAUGCUUUUAUCAGAACUUUUUUAUAUGUGAAAUUUAUAUCAGGCCGUAUGCUUUGGGUCGUGGUCCCGCUGCAAUGUGAAACUCCAAACCAAUUCUUUUGCAGCCUUCAUCAGCUUUUCUUUUCAGACUGACCUCUAUCCAUCUUCAAAGCAAUUCAGCCUGGCCUUCCUGGCUGCCCCUCUCUUCAACGCUCUCCUUGCCAUUGUUUAAGGUAAAAGUCCUUGCCCUUAAUGUAAUUUGCAGUUAUGCCAUACAUUUGUCAUUUUCAUGGUAUAGUGGGAUGCAUUUCAGGUUGUUCAAGUUUGUUUAAAUAAAUCCACAUCACACUUUGGAAUUUUAUGAAGGGUUUUAUGAAAAGUAUUUAGAACCAUGCACCAUUUUCCUUCCACUAAAUGCCAUACAUUUGAGUUUGCGGUUGUAACAAGACGAAACAGAAGUUCAUAACUGAUAUUUAUAAAGGGCCAAUUUGAAGAUAGACAAUGGGAAUCAAAUCCAUUUUUCUUUUUAUAUGUUGCUCAGUUUGGUCACAUUUAACACAGUUUGAUAGAUUUUUAUCUUUUUUUUCAUAUUGUGGGACAAUUUAUGGCACUGUUCAAUACUGAUCAGCAAAAAGACAACUAAAAGCUUUAAAAAGCUAAAAAUAAAUAUAAUGUUUUACCUUUUAUUAAGUACAUGGCAGCCCCUGUGUGGAGCACUUUAUCCCAAUUGUUGC